AUGAAGAUGAAGUCCUUCUCGAGCUCCGCCAUCAAUAAAUCGGGCAAGAAAUUUGCCCCCAAGGCCCCCGUCCGACGCGCUGCCCCAGCUCCUCCUCGCCGCCCCAGUGUCGCUUCUCAACCCUCAGCUUCUCAAACUCCUCAGCCUGCGACCGAGACCGCGACUCCUGAGCCCAGCCAAGCAGCUCCGAUUGUAGAACCUCCCGCUCCUGUCGAGACAGCAAUCCCAGAACCCUCUGCGACCCAGACUGCCAGUGUUGUAAAACCAUCUUCGUCUGCGACGGCCAUCCCGAUUCCUCGCUCAACGCGAAAACCUUCAAUCUCUGCGGCGACUCCUGCUCUCUCCAAUGAACGUCCUACGCCCUCUCAGCCGCCUCAAUCCGCUCAACCCUCUCAACCCUCGCAAUCCUCUCAGCCUUCCCAGCCUUCCCCGCCCCCACCUAGCACCUCACACGCUGAUCCCACCCCGUUGCCUUCGACUGAUACGGCCGAUAAACAAAUUCGAAAUGAUGCCCUCGUGAAUGAACCUGAAAGACUCGAUAGUCCUUAUGUCCGCGAAGGACCUCAAGCACCUAAGUCGCGUAGCGUUUCCGUUUCCGAGACCUCUACUGAAAUCCGACCCUCAAAACGCGUCAAAAUCACCCCUGAAGUCAGGCCCACUACUACAGAGCCACAGCCUUCGAUCGAGACUCCUCAACUUAUAACCCCGCCUGCAACGCAGACUCCCGCAGCUGAAUCUACGACGGAAAGCCAAGACACUUCCGAACCACCUGUUACCACCAACGCAAGCCAAAAGACCACGAAAUCAAGGAAAAGAAAGGCACCCAAGGAUGGAAGUACCACAAUCAAAACUAGAGAGAGAAAACCGCGAGCGCGCAAGCAGCGUGAGCCAACCCCCGAGGGCUCUGAACAGGUUGAGAUCGCUCCGGGCGUCAUCAAAAUGUCAGAACUAUGCAAGGACUUGCGCACGGGAAAGAAGUCUAAGCGAGAGGCCGAGCUUCGCAAACUAGAACAGGCCGAGCAGGAACGGAAGCAGGCGGCGCAAGAGGAAGGUGCAACCGAGGAGCCACCCGCAGUGAAGCCGAAUGAAAAUGCCAGCGAGCCUCCAGCAGGGGAGAAUGGGGCGGAUCAGUCCCAAUCCGGUCCAGUGAUGAGAAUUGUGAAUGGAGAGAUUGUGCUCGACACUUCGUCUUUGCAAGUUGACCGACACGCUGCAGCGGCGAGGAGCUACGGCGACUUGGAGGAUGUGGUGGAAAACUCGUUUACGCGGAAGAUCAACCAGUCUACCUACGGAAAGCGCACCAAAACGGAGUCAUGGGACGAGGACCUAACGGAUCUUUUUUACAAAGGGUUGCGCAUGUUCGGCACAGAUUUCAUGAUGAUCAGUAAACUUUUCCCUGGGAGGUCUAGACGCCAGAUAAAGUUGAAAUUUAACAAAGAAGAACGCCGCGACCCCGGCCGCAUAAAAGACACCCUUCUGGGUCCACGCGAAACAUUCGAUAUCCACACUUAUUCAGAGAUGACCAACACGGUCUUCGACGACCCGAAGGUUGUCCAGCAGGAACUGGACGAAGAAAAGAAACGCAUUGAAGAACAGCACGCCAAGGACAAACAGGCUCAGGAAGAGCUUCUCCACAAUCCAGAUGGUGCCGCCGACGGGGCGGAUCCCGACAAGCCUAACACUGCGCCUACCAAGGGAAAGCGUAACAAUAAGAAGCAAGCUAAAGACAUAGGCGGUGCGCAGGAGGAGAUCCUGGGCACGAUCGAUGACUUCCCCUGA